ACUUCGUUCCCACACCAUAUGUAUCCUUCACACAUUUGACAUUUCACAUCCGCUAAGUUUUAACGUCCAAUCCGAAGUGAGCGAAGCCAAAUAACCCGCGCAACCAGGGCCACGCUCGCAAUGUCUCCACCGUCCAACCUCUAUCUCUGCACUUACAAUUCUCUCCACGCCAUCGGCUGGGCAAUUGCUCUCUCUAGAAUUUUGAGCAGCUUUGUAACCACCAAGUCCGUGAAUGGAGCUUACGCUUCUGCUGGUGAACUAAUCUGUUUGCUGCAAACAGCUGCAUUCUUGGAAGUUGUACAUGGGGCCAUUGGUCUUGUGCCAAGUGGAGUUGUCAAUCCUCUAAUGCAAUGGGGAGGAAGGACUCAUUUUCUGUUGGCUGUUGUUCAUCAAAUCGAUGAGGUGCAAGAGUUGCCAUCAAUUUUCAUAACUUUUGUUGCUUGGAGUCUAAGUGAGGUAAUUAGGUAUUCACAUUACGCUUUGAGCUGCAUGGGAAGUUGUCCAUAUUGGAUUAAUUACCUCAGGUACACUGCAUUCAUUGUGCUAUAUCCUAUAGGAAUUGCUCCCGGUGAAAUGUGGCUUAUGUACCAGGCACUUCCCUUCAUAAAGAAGAAGCAUCUCCAUGAACAUCUAUUUAAUGGCCUUCCCUUCAGCUAUUAUAAUUCUCUCAUGGUUCUUCUUCUGUGCUACCCUUUUCUGUGGUUAAAGCUUUACCUGCAUAUGUUUAAGCAACGGCGGUCAAAACUGGGAAAACGCCAUGAGAAGAAGAAAUUGUGAAGUUUGGACCUCUUUCAGAUACAGAUGCUUGUUAAUUGUCACUUACUGGCAACAAUCCUUUUUGUGAUACUUCACUCAGUCUCAGAAAAUUAUGAUGCCUGCACUUUUCUGGUCAUAUGAUAUGUAUGUGUAUUUACAAUCCUUAUUCUAAUCACCGUGCUGUGUAUCGUAAUGUCUAAUUCACUUCCUUUGAAAGUGACUAAGUUCCAUUCCCUUUCAUGCAGUGGCCGCUCCAGAAAUUUUUUUCAGGGUGUUCCUCAACAAGCAUAAAUUACACAAUCUAAUAAAAAUAAAGUUUUAUAUAUUGACAACAAUAACAAUAAAAAAACACGCAAAUACAUAAAGUUUACAAUUGUCU